UGGCACCUGAUAUUUACGGUCUCUGUGUGCAAAGCUUUGAUUCACACAGUGGUAUAUCACUUCCUUGAACAGUUCAAUUCAACACUUGUCUAGCUGAAGUUAAAUCAACCCGGUAAGCCAUGGUUUAUCUUUUCAUUAACUACUUUCACUACUAACGAUUUUACAGGCCUGUGUUAAUAACACUAACAAAUAAUUGUCAGUCACUAGUGAAUGGAGGGAUGUGUUGCAAGAGAAAAAUGGGAGGAUUUCCUGGGAAAGAUAGGUUGAUCUGUGACUUUCUGAAGGUUGGAAUAAAUUCAUAGACACAUGAACAGUAUAAUACCUUCUUCAAUCAGGGGUGAGGGUGGGGAUGGGAUUACUGUAUGUUUUGUGUUUAGUUAUUUAUGUUGUGUGUUUUGGUUUCACGCUGUGAGCGGUGUGUGUGCUGGUCCCUGUAGUUAUGGGUGCUCUCACUUCCAUGCCAGCCUGGGCGUCAGGCAGGGCUUGGUCCUUCCUGCCCUUGGAAAAUCCCUUUGGGCAGGGGGCUUCGCCAUGCCGGCAUCUCAGGCAAGUGGGGACGAGUGCACCCACUGACCAGAUCACCCACUGAUGCGAGCGCCCAUUCACAUUGUCUUUGUGAUGUAUCGUUGUUCUUUUAAUAACAAUAAUAAUUGUCCUCAGUAACGUUGGCAACUAGGGUUUAAGACGUCAUGUUAGGGAUAGAUAAUACAUAACUCUAGUCCCGUGUAGCUCAGUUGGUAGAGCAUGGCGCUUGCAACGCCAGGGUUGUGGGUUCGUUUCCCACGGGGGGCCAGUAUGAAAAUGUAUGCACUCACUAACUGUAAGUUGCUCUGGAUAAGAGCGUCCGCUAAAUGAUUAAAAUUAAAAUGUAAACUCAUACAUAAUUUGGCACCAGACAAUUCACCUUAAUACUUUGUCAUAUUUUUAGAUGAGGUGCUAUUGAGCAAGACUGGAUAGUUGUUUCAAUAGGUUCUAACAUGGAGGCUCAUGUAUGCUCUUACUUUAAGAUAAUUCCAUGGGUUUUCCCCUAUCUUUAAAUGUUAAACAUAAUUAUUAUUACAAUGUAAUUAUAGUUUAUGGCUAGCUAUACAGUUGUUACUAGUGUUUAACCUUCUGUCUAAAUAAGAGAGCUGUAGUGACAAAAAGUCAGAGUUUAUGUCUCCACAGGUGUUUGUGUUCCAUUGUCUGUACUGCUCCAGCAACUAUUCAUUACCUAAACAUUUUUGUAGUUAUAAAAUGGCUAUAAUAUCAAUAGUAAUAUUAUAAUUCAUAGAUGUGUCUUUGUAAAUGGAUUCAAUUGUACACAUGACAAAUGAUAUGAGAUGUCCUAUUUCAUCUCUCCCCCAACUCUUGUUCUCUCUCUCUCUCUCUGUCUCUUGCUCUCUCUCUCUCUCUCUCUCUCUCUCUCUCUCUCUCUCUCUCUCUCUCUCACUCACACUCUCUUUUCCUCUCUCUCUUUCUCUCUCACACACACACACAUGCACACACAAACACACAAACACACACACAUACACACACACAAUGUAGACCUGCUAAACAGAGAAAUGGUGGGUUUUCUCUAUGUUCUCCUCUCUCUGACUGCUUUACAAGUGGAGUGUUUCAGUGGGGGAGGAUCUUCCAUUGCUACUCAGUGUGGCUCAAUGCUUCCUGGUAGUAUUCAUGGCAACACAGGGCAGAGCUCUCCCUCACCAUACACUGUCACUGUCAGCCAGACCACCUACCAGCCAGGAGACACCAUCCAAGGUGAGUCACCAAGAUGGUUGAAACACACUACUGGGCUUACCAGAUCCAUACUGUACUAUCUCAGAUGCAGGAACGGACUGGGACCAGCAAUCUGCCCAGGCAUGUCUAAUACACAACCCAUUUUGUUCCUUGAGGCCCCCGCAAAUAAUGUUCAUUUUGCGAGAAAAUGUAAAUAAACAUUUAGACAGGGCUAAAAAUGGAACAUUAACCAGAAUUGCCCUAUGGCAGUCCAUCCCUGCUCAGAUGUUAACAUUUCACAUAGCAUAUUCCAGAACAGCUGACCUGACAAUAUAAGAUUGCUGAGAGGCAUCCAUCUCCCUCCCUUUCUCUCACUUUCUCUUUCUCUCUUUCUCUCAGUGACUCUGUCAGGAACCAUCCCUUUUAAAGGGUUUCUUCUGGAGGCCCAUGAGGAAGGAAAGAACACCGCUGUGGGAACGUUCUCUCUCGGCAGUGGGUCUGGGAUCGUUCUUGUGUCGUGCAAUAGGAUCGCAGUGAGUUACGGUUAGGGUUGUAAAAUUCCUAAAACUUUCCCAGUUGGAGGAUUCCCAACCUGCUCAUGCCAUCCUGAUACUGGAGAUCCUCCAACUGGGAUUUCUAGAAAACAUGGGAAUUUUGCAACACUAGUUACAACACAGCACAGGUCUUUCUGGCCAUAGUCUUCACUGUUAUCAAUUUACCUACUGAUUUAUUGGAUUAUAUUGACUCAACAAUAUGUCAAAUGAAACUUACUUGAGCCCAAUAAUAGGAGAGUUUUUACUGGUCAGGCUACAGAGUGAGGAAAUAGAGUUAGGGUUGCAAAGAUUCCGGUAACUUUCCCCAAAAUCGGUUUGAUUCCGGAAUUCCUGGUUAUUCUCUCCUGAUUCCUGGAAUCUUCCAACCAGGAUUUCUGGAAAACCAACCCUAGACAAUAGUUUGUUACCUUUACCUACUAUAGCUUGAACCACCAAUAAGCAAUGAUCAGAGUUGCAAAUGUUAGUUUAUUGAUAUUGAAUUUUACACCAUAACUAGUCAUUGUUCUCUGUUGAUUGACUUGACCUGCUGUUUUACUGUUAGGCCUCUGGGGUGAGUCAAAGCGACAAUCAGCCUAAACGAACAGUAACAGUCACCUGGACAGCACCAGCCUCAGUCUCCUUGGGCAACAUCGUAGUCAAGUGAGUCUCCACUAGAGUUGAAAAAUUACGGUAACUUUCUCAAAAUUCCCAGGUUUUCCAGAAAUCCUGGUUGGAAGUUACUGGAAUCUGGCAACCAUAGUCUCCACUAAAGCCAUCACA